GCUAUCUGUCCUGAGGAGACUCUCCUGGCUCGGACUGGGGAUCUGGCUGAAUCGUCAUAGGCUGGUUCGUCCAUAGUCGCCAGUGGCCCAUCCCUUCAAAGUGACUGACUCAUUACUCUGAUUUACGGAAGGACCUCGUAGAAAGUAUCCAUCAUUUUGUAUCUCACGAGCUGCGUUGACACAUUCCCCUGUUGCGACACUGUAGAUUGCAAUUGAUUGAGGAACCCAUGGCUCCAGCAGAGUUCAAAGGCCUCCUCAGGCCACAGAAGUCUCAACAGACGGGGCAAUUUGCUCUCUUCAGUUUCUUCGUCAAGGACCUGUUCACCCUCCAGACACUCAUCCUCUUUGGCUCCGUUGUGCAGAUUCUUCUCAUCUCGGUCCUGCCUUUCCGCGUGGCGGUAUUGCCUGCCGCGGUACUCACAUUUUACGCCAUCGCGUCAACCGCUCUAGGCACCGCUCUCAGUCCCAAAGAUGCAUACAUGAGAGAUGUGAUGGUUGGGCGAACAAGUGCACAAUAUCCCUCCCGAGCCACUGCCCGCUUCGGCAACCAGCCCGCGGAGUGCCCGAUCGUGGUCUUCCACUUUGGCGUCCGUUUCAGUCAUCCAUUGGGGCUGUUCUCACCAGGCGCGAGACAAACGUUGGACCACUUCAACGCCUGCAAUGACCUGGUCUUUCAGCAGACAGAUGAAUAUGGCAUGCUGGGAGCCUCGCCGUGGCGUGCCGCUGAGCGAGGAUCCGGCAAUACGUUGAUGAUGGUGUACUAUUUCCGUGAUGUGGAAGGGUUGAACAAGUUUGCUCAUGAUGACAUACACCGCAAGGCGUGGGAUUUUCUCUCCAAGGGCGGAUACAAACAUAUCGGCUUCUUUCAUGAAAUGUUUUGUGUCCCGGCCAAGGCGUACGAGUCCAUCUAUGGUAAUAUGCAUCCUCUUCUGAUGGGUCUGACCAGCGUCAAAUGCACAAAUGAGGAUGGCGAAGAGGUAUGGAUCCAGCCUGUCGUAGAUGCUGAUAUUGGUCCCCUGAGGAGCCAGUUUGGUAGGAUGGGAACAGCUGUCGAGAAACAUACGUGAAGCCCGGAGACAUUGACGCCGCUAUGGAGGAUUCUGGUUUCUGUUCAGGGUUCCUGGCUGGCCCCAUUCGUCGUUGAGAUCUUGGACAUGCCGUAAUCCUCUCUGUGCUAGCCUGUUGUAGAUCUCGAGAAAGCGGUCGAAGAGAGGGUCCUGUCAUUUAAGAUUGCAUAGCAUCAUUCUGACUGCAA